GGACACAUUUUACAAAGUAGCUACAUAUUGUGCAGCUGGUCCUGGGCCAUGGAGUACGGCGUCUUCAUGUAUCGGCGGCUUACAGGGCUAAGGCCAGAGUGUCAAUGAGCCGCUUUGAGCCCACUUCUUUUAUCAACUAUGAAAAGCUUCAGUCUAAUGUAGACAUAGUUAGAAAAAGGCUCAACCGUCCACUCACGCUUGCGGAGAAGAUUGUGUACGGCCACCUCGAUGAUCCCCAUAAUCAGGAGAUUGAUCGUGGUUGCUCAUACCUGCGGCUGCGUCCUGACCGUGUGGCUAUGCAGGAUGCAACAGCCCAGAUGGCAAUGCUGCAGUUCAUCAGCAGCGGGCUUCCGAAGGUGGCUGUACCCUCCACCAUCCACUGUGAUCACCUGAUCGAGGCUCAAAUCGGAGGUGUAAAGGAUCUCACUAGGGCAAAGGAAGUGAACAAAGAGGUCUACAACUUCUUGGCAAGUGCUGGGGCAAAAUACGGAGUUGGCUUCUGGAAACCUGGUUCUGGAAUCAUCCACCAGAUCAUCCUUGAGAACUAUGCCUACCCAGGAGUGAUGCUCAUUGGCACAGAUUCCCACACACCAAAUGGAGGUGGGCUUGGUGCCAUCUGCAUUGGAGUCGGUGGAGCUGAUGCAGUUGAUGUGAUGGCAGGAAUUCCCUGGGAGCUCAAAUGUCCCAAAGUGAUUGGUGUGAGACUGACUGGCAGCCUCUCAGGCUGGACAUCUCCAAAAGAUGUCAUCUUGAAAGUGGCAGACAUCCUCACAGUAAAGGGGGGAACAGGAGCCAUUGUAGAGUACCACGGGCCAGGAGUCGACUCCAUCUCCUGUACUGGAAUGGCCACUAUUUGCAACAUGGGUGCAGAGAUUGGAGCCACAACAUCAGUAUUCCCUUACAAUCAUCGUAUGAGGACCUACUUGGAGAAGACCGGACGUGAACAAAUCUCCAAACUGUCUGAUGAAUACAAAGACUUGUUGGUACCAGAUGAAGGCUGCACAUAUGACCAAAUAAUUGAACUCAAUCUGGAUGAGCUGAAGCCCCACAUUAAUGGCCCGUUUACCCCUGACCUGGCUCACCCUGUGUCUGAAAUUGGUGCUGCGGCUAAAAAGAACAGUUGGCCUCUGGAGGUCAAAGUUGGUCUGAUUGGCAGCUGUACCAAUUCCAGCUACGAGGACAUGGGCCGCGCUGCCUCUCUGGCCAAACAAGCUCUGGACAAAGGCUUGAAGUGCAAAUCUCAGUUCACCAUCACACCUGGCUCGGAGCAGAUUCGCGCCACCAUCGAACGAGAUGGAUACUCAAAGAUCCUCAGCGAUGUUGGAGGUGUGGUUCUAGCUAAUGCAUGUGGACCCUGCAUUGGACAGUGGGACAGGCAAGAUGUGAAGAAGGGAGAGAAGAACACAAUCGUCACAUCCUUCAACAGGAACUUCACGGCCAGGAACGAUGCCAACCCUGCAACACAUGCCUUUGUUACUUCUCCUGAGAUUGUAACCGCUCUCGCCAUUGCUGGUACAUUAGACUUCAACCCUGAGACAGAUUACCUCACAGCCCCCAACGGAGAGAAGUUCAAGCUGGAGCCCCCCAGUGGAGAUGAACUACCAGCCAGGGAUUUCGACCCAGGCCAGGACACCUAUCAGCACCCGCCUGCUGAUGGCAGCAGACUCAGGGUGGACGUUAGUCCUCAGAGCAACCGGCUGCAGCUGCUGGAGCCUUUCGACAAGUGGAACGGAAAUGAUCUGGAAGGCAUGGUGGUCCUCAUCAAGGUGAAGGGAAAAUGCACCACAGAUCACAUCAGUGCUGCAGGACCCUGGCUGAAGUUCCGCGGUCACCUGGAUAACAUCUCCAACAACAUGCUGAUUGGUGCUGUCAACAGUGAGAACGAUACUGUCAACAAGGUGAAGAACUACCUGACUGAAGACUACGGAGGAGUCCCAGAUGUGGCCCGUCACUACAAGGCUAACGGCGUGUCGUGGGUCGUGGUUGGAGAUGACAACUACGGCGAGGGCUCCAGCAGGGAGCACGCAGCUCUGGAGCCCAGGCAUCUGGGUGGAAGAGCUAUAAUUGUCAAGAGCUUCGCCAGAAUCCAUGAAACAAACCUAAAGAAGCAAGGAUUGCUGCCUCUAACAUUCAGCAACCCAUUAGACUAUGACAAGAUCCUCCCUGAUGACAAGAUCUCUAUCAGAGGGCUGAAAUCCUUCACUCCAGGAAAGCCUCUAACUGCUGUCGUGAAGCACAAUGAUGGCAGCACGGAGACUCUGGAGCUCAACCACAGCUUCAACGAGACGCAGAUCCAGUGGUUCCAGGCAGGAUCUGCACUGAAUAGGAUGAAGGAGUUCCAGCACUGAGGGUGGAGAGAAAAUAUGGAGGAAGAGGAGGAUUUCAGCCUGUAAAUGGGGGGUUAAGUGUUUGUGAGGAAGCAGAAUGUAAACGGUUGUUGUAUUGGCGUGAUUUUCUGACUGAAAUGUUGAAGCUAAAUGUUGAACAAAGACGGAUUGCUCUGUCAGGCUAAUGUUGAUGAAACUAAAGCAGCUGAAGUGUGUUUUUGUUAACACAUCAUCAACUGGUUGUAGACCCAGCUGUGAAAACAUAGGAGACACUCAGUUGUGACACAUACUGGAAGAUUACGAAGGAGUCAUGACACACACAUUUAAUGUCCUGCUGGUGUUUUUUGGUUCUUUUGAAGCUGGCCAAACAGUUUGGUACCAUGGUACCACUGCUCACUCAUUCAGCUGAAUGCAGUCAUCCUGUUGCUGUAAAAUUGUAUUGACUGCUGCAAGGUGACGGUCAACUCCAGUCUGACACUCCCACUCUAAUUUGGCUUGUGUGUUAUUUAAAGGUAAAUACUGACAUUUGUUGUAUUUCUGUAAAACUCAAAGCUGUAUUAACAAGGAUUGGAUCUAAAAUAAACUUUAAUUCACUCUG